AUGGCUAACCGAUGGUGGACUUGGCAAGAAGGUGUACCAGGAUUUGAGUCAUCACCAUCAGUUAGCUCACCAGCUUUGAAAAAAGCAAAUCUAAGCAUAUCCAUUAACCACCAUAAUCCAACACCAUCACCAUUCAAGGAGCCUGCUAUGAAUGAUCACAAUUCCAACGAUGGUCUUGGGGGUGGAAGAGAAGAUGAAGAAGAAAGAGAACAAAGUGAUGAGCCCAUCGAGGCUAUCGAGGUCCCAACGCAUAGGGCAAGAGGCAGGCCUACAGGUUCAAAGAACAAGCCAAAACCGCCCGUAUUUGUGACGAGGGACAGCCCUAAUGCUCUGCGCAGCCAUGUUAUGGAGGUGGCGAGUGGCUCCGAUGUAGCGGAGAGCAUCGCAGAAUUUGCAAGAAAAAGGCAAAGAGGAGUUUGUGUGUUGAGUGCAAGCGGGAUAGUCACAAAUGUGACAAUUAGGCAACCCUGUGACUCUACUGCAGUUAUGACUCUACAUGGCCGCUUCGAAAUCCUCUCCUUGACCGGUGCUUUUCUACCUGGGGAGGCGCCACUGCAGGGAUCCACAUGGCUGACUAUAUACUUAGCCGGCGGUCAGGGACACGUGGUGGGCGGUAGUGUGGUGGGUUCUCUGGAAGCUGCUGGCCCAGUAAUGGUAAUUGCUUCUACAUUUUCGAAUGCUACCUAUGAGAGGUUGCCUUUGGAUGAGGAAGAAGCCGCUGCCGCUACCACUGGCACCAAUGGUGGUGCAGAAGAAGGACAGGUUGACAUUGAUGGUGACGGCGGUGGUGGUAAGGGUGAAGCACAGUCGUUGGCCGCAUAUAAUAUGCAACUUCGGAAUGGAGGAGAGUUGAACCUUAGUUCAUUUUCAUGGAAUCAUGGCCCUGCAAAUUAUUAG